UUUAGCUUGCGUUGAUAACCUACUACAGUCAAGGCUGCCUUUUUUUCAGACGGUGUACUUUUGCGCCACCUGCUGUAGUUCCUUAGAAUUUCUUCCAAGGCCGAUGGAGACCAUGGAGGACAUGGGAACCAUAUUAUUUUGGUAUUUCAUGACAUUCUCUCGGAGUCUGUUUUUUAUGGCCGUGGUACAACUGCUGUUUGUGCUGAAAACAGCAAUUAAUGGCAAAUUGAAAGAACGCCAUGGGAUUGAAUCGAAACUGGACGACAGAGUGCUCCAACUCUUUGACGAGAGCUAUGAGGCACGGAUAACCGACCUGAAUUUAAAGAAUAAAAAACUGCAGGACCAACUCCAGAACUCUAUUGAUUCUCAGCGCUGCAUAGAGCAGGAAAAUGAGGGAUUGAAAAGAGAAAACAAGGACAUGGAGGAGAAAAUCAAACUCCUCAAUCAGACCGUUUUUCAAGAGAGAGAGAAAAACAGUGGGCUGAAGGAAAUGGCAUCUAAGAACCAGAGAAAGGUUCCAUCCGCAAGAACUUUCCUGGUGGCAGUCUUCUCAAUGGUCCUAGCCAGAAUUAAAGUUCAAAAACAGCAGACCGUUAUUGAGUCCUACCAGAAGCACAACGUCAACCUAAAAAACCAGGUUGAAAGUGUACAUGCCGAAAUGGAGUGCUGUCGGAAAGAGAACGCCUCACUCAAGGACCAGGUUCAAUAUGCCACAAUACAGAUUGAAGUGGAGAGACGUCAUAUGGCGCCCAAACUGACGGCUCUUCAGCACAAGAUCCAGGAACUGGAGAAAGAGCUGGAAGGCAAAGACAACUCCUGCAAGGCUCAGAUGGCAUCACUGGAGCAAAAAGCACACAAGAGACUGGUGAAAGCCUCAGCUCUACAACGUCAGCUGAAUGACAAGAAGGCAGAGGUCUUCUUUCUACAUCAUAGCUCGCGGUAUGAAGUCUCAAGUCAAUAUUGCAAGUCGCAAGAAAUCGUCGUGCAACCCGUUCUCCGAGAUUUCUCUGGUGGUCUGGAGGGAGAGGAGGCCUCGCUGCUGGCUCCAGAGCAAUUACAGUUUGACACAGUUUCCCCUGGUGGAAGUGAAGAGGAUGCAGAGAAUGAGUGCUCUGAUGCUGAGGAAGACGCACCUCCAAGGAAAAGACUGAGAGCUGAAAACACCUGGAAGAAAGUAAUCAACAAGAAAAGAAGAAUGGUUGGGAAGUCGUACGUUGGAAAACAAAAGCAGGAGGAAAUAAGGAGGGAGCCACGGUCUAUGGGGCCUGGAUGUUCCUCAGCAGCAUGUGCCAAGUCAGGUGCCCUCACACUACUGCAGAUCCACAACGUCCAAACAGUAUCUUGA